CGGCGGCUGCAGACCGCGAUGGCGGCGCCCGGCCGGCGGUGAAGGAUGCGGCUGACUCGCAAGCGGCUCUGCUCGGCGCUGCUGGCCGCCUACUUGCUCUUCUCCCUCUACGCCGCCUACUGCGUCUUCCUGAAGCCCCGCCGCGCCGCUCCUCCUGCUGUGGCUGCAGCUGCCCGGGCCGGCCAGAGGGAGAAGCAGGGGCGGGCAGGGCAUUUUAUUUUGGAAGCGGAAGACUGGAACCCUUGGGAAGUCGAUGAGAAAAAUAGUUUGCAACAGAACUCUGCCAGUAGUCUGCAGCUUUUAAAAGAGAAGAAACUGCGACAGGAACCAACAGACCUCAGAGUACAAAUCUGGGGGAAAGCUGCUAUUGGCCUUUACCUGUGGCAGCAUAUCUUUGAAAGUCCGCUUGAGCCUGCAGAUGUGUCAGCCCAGUGGAGAGAAGGAAGACUAAAAGUGGGGACGUCAUUCUUCAGCUUCAUCACCGGUCCAUCUGUAGUCCCCGGGUACUUCUCCGUAGAAUCUUCCAAUGUGGUUCUAGUGCUGAAUGGCCGAGAGGAAGGAAAGAUCUCUUACGCCACUCAGUGGCUUCAUUAUGCACAGACAUUAAUACAAACUCACAAGCUGCUGCACCUUGCGGUUGUGUUGCUCGGCAGCGAACAGUGCAGAAACGAAUGGAUUUACCCAUAUUUGAAAAGCUACGGAGGGUUUGUGGAAUUGCUUUUCUUGGUCUAUGACAGCCCCUUGGUGAACGAAGAAGAUAUCUUCCAGUGGCCUUUGGGAGUAGCCACGUACAGAAAUUUUCCUGUGGUGGAACCCAGCUGGUCGAUGCUUCACAAUCCACGGUCGUACCAGUGUAACUUUUUAGGAACGAUUUAUAAAAACUCUUCCAGAGAGAUCCUAAUGCAAGUCCUGAGGCAAAGCGGGCUGGAUAAAAUGUGUUGGAUUUCUGCCAGAGAAGAGUGGUGGCCUCAAGAAACCAAUGAAAGCCUUCAGAAAUAUCAAGACGCACUGCUCCAGAGCGAUCUCACGUUAUGCCCUGUGGGUGUAAAUACGGAAUGUUACAGAAUUUAUGAGGCGUGUUCGUUCGGCUCUGUCCCCGUUGUGGAAGAUGUCAUGACACCAGGAAAUUGUGGGAAUUCGUCUGUCAACCACAACGCUCCACUGCAGUUAUUAAAGACUACGGGAGCCCCCUUCAUCUUUAUUAAAAACUGGAAAGAACUCCCUGCUGUUUUAGAACAAGAGCAAAAUAUGACAUUGCAACAAAAGAUUCAAAGAAGAAAAAGGCUCAUGGAAUGGUAUCGGUCUUUCAAAGCACAAAUGAGACAAAAAUUUGUUGGUACAUUGGAAAAUGCAUUUUUACCUAAGGAUAAAGGUGGUUAAUUGUUACUCUGAAAUGUCAUUUCUUAUGGCCUUUCAAUGGAAAUUUACGCUGGCUUUAAAACAAACAAACAAAUCCUUUGAAAACAGAGUUUUUCUCAGCAGCUUUUUUCCGUAAGUGCAGGUAUGUUCCUAAGUGUGAAAACAGAUAUGGCUGAAUUGUAGGAAAGCUACACGAGGGCCAGUUUCCUCUAACUCAUUGUGGAACACCCAUUUCUGGAAACACUUUCAGGGGGGGGAAAUACCCUUUUCUGUAUCUUUUACUUACUAUUUGUGGUGGGGAGAUUUUGCCCCAUAAAUCUAGUACCAUUAAAAUACCAUUUAAUGAUGGUGUUUUUCUUUAUCCCCAUGCCAAGAAGAAAUGGUGAAACACAAUAGUCUUAAAGUGAACUGGGGCAAUUUUAGAAGAACUGGUACCACCAAGGAAAUACACAAGAAUAACUUAGGUCUCCCUCAUGAGAUUUCGAUACCUGAGGCAAUGACGGAAGGGUUGAGUUGUUUCCCUCAGUAAAGGAUUUCAGUAUAUCUCUUCUCGUAUUCUAGUGAAUUUGAAUGUCCAGUACUUACUGGAAAUAAAGGCAACACUAAGG